UGUCAGUUUAUUGUUUUUCUCUGCCUCUAAAUUCCACUUUUUUUUUUCCUUUCUUCUUUGUAUAAUUUCAUAAUUCAGUUUUAAUUUUCUUGAAAAACUCCAAUUUGUAGAAGAGUUUCUUUGUACUUAUGAACAGUGAUCUAAAAUUCGCGUCUAAGAUAUGUGAUCUUUCUUUUUGAUUCAGUCGAUGAACAUGAGUUCUACAUCAACUCAGUUUGCCCCCACGAGAAGGAUGGGCAUAUUCGAACCAUUCCACCAUAUGAGUAUGUGGGAAGACGCGUUUAGAGGUGAUAUUAUGCCCAGUGUUGGUGCGUGUAUGGUCACACCGGCAAAUGACAGGGCAGAUGACAAGUCGGGAUAUACUUCUAGUGACCAACUUAUACCAUCUGGCUCUGAGGAUAAUCAAGCAGGAAAGAGUAUUUCAGACAAGGUACAACGGCGUCUAGCACAGAAUCGUGAAGCUGCACGUAAAAGCCGUAUGAGGAAAAAGGCUUAUGUUCAGCAGCUCGAAAAAAGCAAUUUGAAGCUAGCACAACUUGAAAUGGAACUUGAGAGAGCUCGACAGCAGGGACUGUACAUUUUAGGUUCAAAUGGUAAUAUGGGGCUAAGUUCAACAAUUAAUCCAGGAAUAGCUGCAUUUGAAAUGGAAUAUAGUCUCUGGGUUGAAGAGCAACAAAAAAAGAACGUAGAGUUGAGGAACAUAUUGCAAUCCCAUGUAAGCGAAAUGGAGCUUCAGUUGCUGGUAGAAACCGUCUUAAACCACUACUACAAUCUAUUCCGAAUCAAAGCUGAUGCUGCGAAAGCUGAUGUGUUUUACUUGAUGUCUGGGAUGUGGAGAACUUCGGUGGAGCGAUUUUUCCUCUGGAUUGGAGGAUUCAAGCCAUCUGAACUCAUAAAUAUCGUGAUGCCACAGCUUGAGCCAUUGUCAGAUCAGCAGAUCGUGAAAAUCUGUAAUCUACGACACUGUUGUCAGCAAGCCGAGGAUGCUCUCACUCAGGGAAUGGAUAAACUUCAGCAAACUCUGGCACAGAACAUCCUAACUAUGACCACUGGAAUGGGAAGUUACAGUUCUCAAAUGGUUUCUAGUAUGGAAAAGUUAGAAGCACUCGAGAGUUUCGUUAACCAGGCAGAUCACCUUAGACAGCAAACGUUACAACAAAUGUCACUUGUCUUGACUACACGCCAAUCAGCCAGGGGGUUACUAGCUUUCGGGGAGUAUCUUCAACGUCUUCGUGCUCUAAGUUCUCUAUGGGCUGCUCGUCCUCGUGAACCUACCUAGCCUUUUACGAGCAAAGCAGACGAAGAUCACUAAGUUUCCUCGAAUGUAAGCUGUUUAACUACGCCUGAACGAGAUGUAUAUGGAAAAUGUAAUCGAAGUCUUGUCUAGAAUUUCAUACUCGGAAAACGCGUAUUAUUCAGGUGGUACCCUGGCAAGUUUCAAGAAUUGUAUGUAUAUAGGGAAGGGGGAUGUGUAUAAUUCUAGAAUAAGAACUUGAUGAGAGUAGAGAAAUUUAACUAUGAAACUCAGAGAAAUCUGGAAAAUGUAAUUUUAAUUUUUACAUAUGGUGUAAACUGAAAAAAAAUGUAUUUUGGAGAGAGUUUUCUCCCACUCGUUAGUUUGAAAAAGAGUACUCCCUCCUAUUUGUAUCUGGUUUUACAAGUAAUAAAUAUCCUCAUAUCUUUUAUCAUUAUUGC